AUGAAGAUUGCUAAUUUUUGGAAUGUGAUUGAUUUCUUAUUGUCUAUGGAGAUCUUCUUCAUCUCCAGAUCUCGAAUCGGUUUGUAUAUCUCUUCCCAUGUUUUGCUCUGUUUUGAGGACUUGGGUAGCCAGAUUGAGAAUUUUGAUUGUUCCGAGUUCCCUACGAGAAUUGCUGGAGAGAUCAAAUCAUUCUCAACUGAAGGAUGGGUUGCUCCAAAGCUUUCCAAACGGAUGGACAAGUUCAUGCUCUAUCUUCUCACUGCUGGUAAGAAAGCUUUAGCUGAUGGUGGUGUAACUUCUGAUGAAGUAAUGGCUGAGUUUAACAAAGUCAAAUGUGGAGUUUUGAUUGGCUCUGUAAUGGGUGGCAUGAAGGUCUUCAAUGAUGCUAUUGUAAGCGCUGAAGAUCUCUUACAAGAAGAUGAAUCCUUUGUGUGUACCCACUACAAGAAAACAGGUUUUUACCUACUGGAAGAAUAG